GCAGCAGGCUAGCAGCAACAGGAGCUAGGAAUAAGACCCAAGACCCAAGCAAGCAAGGGCCGGGAAGGGAAACGAGAGACUGGGUGCAGGCAAGAGCUGCAGCGAAGCGAUUGUGGUGGUGGUGGUGGUGGUGUAUUCCCUCUCUGUACGAAUAGGUACGAACACAGAGAGAUUUGUGUCUCUCUUUCGCUUUUGCCGGGGGAUGCUGGCUUCACCAAGUUCACCAACAGAGACAAAGGUGCGAAGGCGGAGGCGGAGAGCGGUGGGAACACUGGGAAUACUCCGUACGGAGGAGAAUGAAUCAGUUGACGAUAAUGACAAAAAAGCCGAGGAAAACGAAUGGAGUCUAGCUAGGCAGGCACACCGUAGGCUUAAGAACAGGCAAGGAAGAAGAGAGAAAGAGAAAAGAUUCCAAUAUCGAAAAAGAAGGUGGAUCAAGGAAGACGAGUUACAGGUAAAGAGGCAGAAGCCAGGUCACGGCUGCGGGUUGUUUUCUGGGAGCGAGAAAAAGGUACCUAGGGAUUGGGGGGGUGUCACGGUGACUACGGAUACCGUGGAUGAUCAUGAAUUGGCAUGGGGAGUAUCAGUAGAAAUUUAGAAUGGCACAAUUGGGAAAUCCGAGGAGGACGAGGGGGGAAAGGGAUUAGACGCUAGGGACGAGACGGUGAUGGUGUGGAUUUCUUGGGAAGUUGGGAUGGAGAUGGC